GGGACACAACCGCUGUUACCUACUGUUCAGACAUUUCCGCUCGGUCAGGCUGUGGAGUGGGUGAUACGAUCCGCACCUCAUUAUCCUAGAUAUGUUUAGCUCUGGCCCAAAUUACAACAAGCUUAAGACCAACCUGCGACUGGCUGUCAGCAGGCUGAAACUACUGGAAAAGAAAAAAACGGAGCUGGCACAGAAGGCAAGGAAGGAAAUAGCUGACUACAUUGCAGCAGACAAAGUGGAAAGGGCGAAAAUUCGAGUGGAACACAUCAUCCGUGAAGAUUACCUGGUGGAAGCCAUGGAAAUUGUGGAGUGCUACUGUGAUCUGCUGCUUGCAAGGAUGGGUUUGAUUCAGCAAAUGAAGACAUUGGAUGAGGGGCUGGCAGAGCCCAUUGCGAGUAUCUUGUGGGUUACUCCACGUCUGCAGGCUGAUAUUGCUGAGUUGCAAGUCAUUGCAAGCCAGCUUGGUACCAAGUAUGGACAGGAGUAUGUGCAAGCAUGCAGGGAGAACAGCAUUGGAGCUGUGUCACCAAAACUGAUGCACAAACUGUCGGUCCAAGCCCCACCCAAGAUUUUGGUGGAGAGAUACCUGUGCGAAAUUGCAAGAAACUAUAACGUGGCAUAUGGGCCGGACCCACAAGUGAUGGCAGAGGAUGAAAUGCAUGCUACUGGUGAAAACCUCAUCAACUUCGGUGGCACUGAGGACAGUGGUGCUGGAGGUGGACCCAAGAGCAGUGAAAAGCCACUGAACACCAACUUCAACUACCCAACCCCAGCACCAAGGUCAAAGGUAGAUAAUGCACUGAACUUGCCUGAUGUCCCUGCUGAAUUCAACACAUUUGGGCCACCAGCUUCUGGUACCAACUCAGCACCAACAGGAAACCCAGAUGAAGAAGCCAACUUUGAUGACUUGACAAAGAGGUUUGAAGCCUUGAAGAAAAGGAAGUAGUCAUAGUGGGUGAUGGAAAGAAAUGUAUGCAUAUGCUUUCACCAAGAUGUGUUGAUGCAGCAGGGCAUGUACUAUGCCAUCAGAUGCUGGGACUGGCUGCCACUGCUAAUAGGAUAGUGGUAUUAGACUGCAUCAACUUUAAUUUAAGGGUGCUUCAAGUAUGUUGAAUGACUCAAUGUUAUGCUAACAAUCUUUUGCUCUUAAAACUCACAUAGA